CAGAAUUAGGAGUCAAAAGUUUCUGACGGAGGCACUCCAUCCGAGGGGACACAUCGGUCGCCGAUGUCACAAGACCCUCCGGGGCUUUGCAGGUCACGAGGCCGGCCAGAACCUUCUUGCAGCGCGAGGCGCGUUUACCGGCGGAAGGCUUUGAAAAGGCGCCCCGGCUCCGCGUUUCCGGCCGUGGUUCUCUGUUCCUGCCACUUCGUUUGUUUAGACUUCUACAAAUUCUUCCUUGGCUGCUUGCUAUGGUGGGCAAAGUACGGAAUCGCUCGCGGCUGCACCACGCGGCUCCGAAGCCACAGCAGAGUCGGGAUGAGGGCUUUGCAGCGGUAGCCCUAACCGGCCGGGCAGCCACAGAGAAGGUUUUGUUCACCUCAAAUAUCUUCGCUGGAAUGAAAAUUGAUCCAAAAUCUCUGGUGAAGAAUUUAGAUGCCAAUUCAAGAAGUGUUGCAGUUACAAAAGAUGAAAAUGAGAAGGAACUACUGUCUAAGAAAGAAAAAAUGAAACUGCGAAAGGAGAGAUGGCUGCAGAAAAUAGAAAGUAUUAAGUUUGCAAAGCAACAACAAAAAGCAGAGGAAAAGCGAAAAUCUACCCCAGUUACUGGAGAUAUGCAACCACUGAUGGAUGCUCUGCCUGUACUCUCAGACCUGGUAACAGUCAGCAAGUUCAGCAAGCAGAGUAAGAUCCUGGUGAAAAAGAAGGUACCAACAAACUUCAGUCAGAUGAAAUCAGCCCAGAAAGGCAAAAUCAUAAUGGAAGAACUAGCACAAUUUCACAAGACUUUAACAAAUCCUUUGUUCAAAGCAAACCCUCUGGCAGUUGCUGGUGAGCAUCUUUCUAAAAGACUGAAGCAGGAAAGAGAGGGAGAAUCUAUAUAACAUUACUAAGGCUGUUGAAGAACACAGAAGAAUGGAUUUUCAAAAUGCACAGCGCAAUGUCUUUACACAACCAGUAGACCAACAAACUUCCAGAGGUCUGAAGGAUAAUGUCUUAUGAUUUGUUUUCUGUCAACAGAAAUAAUGCUGUCAGCAUUGAAAAUUCUACUGUAGCUAGUACUGGUUACAGCCUUAUCUGUGGUUUUGCUAGAAUUUCUUAGGAUGCUCUGUGGAUAUAUAAGUGUUCUUAUUUCCCACUGUGUUAAGUCACGUAUGGGAUGUUAUUUCUUCCGUCUGCCUCUCUUGUUCUUGUAAAGAAAAGCAUUAAUUGCUGCCUUCUCCACUAGGGAUAAUAUAGUAUGGGCUAUGUUCCUCUGAAAUUCAUUUCUGUUUAGUAAAGGUUAGGGAAACUUUCCUGUUUCCAUUAACAGUUCAAGUAUUUUUUUUAUUUUGCAGAUAAUGUUAACUUAUGUAUAAAAUGGUGAUAAAACUAAUUGCUUCACACAUUAUGAUUGAGUGCCUGAAAUCCUAUUGCUUAGCACAGUAAAUCACACUAAAGUGUCCCAUUGAACUAAUGAGG